CAAAGAUUUAGAGACUGUAGAGGGUGAGAUACAAGGAGGAAAUUAUGCUCAAGUACCAAAAAGCGAAGACUGCCUGGCCUGAAAUGGAACAUUGUCGUGACUAUUAAAAGGCAUAAUGCAGAAUCCUUUAACUUUUUCUGCAGAUAAAUCCCCUUCGGAUAUAAUACAGAGUUUUCAGAAGAGAAGUCAGUUUAGGACCAUUGCUCCAAAGAUGGUACCAAAACUUUUAACAUCUGGAGUAGUCUCUUGUCUUCAGUCAUCUUUGCCUGAGCAAAAACCACCAAUUUCAGCUGCAAGUUCUAAGCCACUGGUGGUACCAGCCCAAAACUACGCUGUCAUGCAGGUGGCUGGUCAUGAGGGGACUUUUUCUUUGUUGGCCUUGCCAUAUGUUGCCCCUGCCCUAACGCAGCAAGUCCAGCAGUCAAGUGUGCCCCCUUCUGAAAACCUAAAGCUGCCAAUCCCUAGGUACCAAUCCAUAAGAAGUAAAUUGCUGAGUGACAAAAAGCCAGCACAAACCUCUAUGUUGGGUGCACAUAACAAGAUUCCUGCCAAAGCUUCGAUCUCAUCACAGACUUCCCACAUGACUACUUUAACUGAAGACUGUCCUGAAGCUUGUAGUUCAGAUUCAACCGAGCAAGCAAUGCUAACAGAGCAUGACUCAUCUAAAAUUACAGUUACCACAUCAGUAAAUAAAAGCAAUUGUGUGGAAUCUGGGUCUCCUUUUGUGAAGAAAACUGAAACUGCCAACAGUAAGUCUUCUGGACCAUCUGUAGUUAAAGACUCUUUAUCCAAGCCUACAAGUUCAGUUAAUCCCACGAAACGAAGUCUGCGCUCAGCGAAGACAGCAUCUGAAACCACAAGAGAGUCAUGCAUAAUGUCUGAGAAACUGAAGGAAACGCCCACGAAUUCUGCCAAUUCUGUUGCUGUCCUGUCACCAGCAGUUUUUGGCAGUACAAUGCAGAUGACUCCAUCAACACCAAAAGGAAAACUUCCUAUUUUGCCCUACUCAAGGAUGAAAAAAUCAGUGUUCUGUAAAUCUAAACAGAAUGCUGAUGUUACAGAUGUGUCCGGUCCUUCGCUGAGAUCUGAGUGUGACAAGAUACCGGCUUUGACAAGAGCUGAUCCUGAUCCUAGUGAAGCGUCUGAUAGGCCAUCAGCUGUACCUUCUACACAAGACCCCAAGCAAACCACUGGAGAAGAUAAUUUCUCUCCAUCCAAUAAAGUAGAUGCUGACAGUCUUAAAAAAUUGAACAGUGCAGCCUCUAAAAGAAGGAGCCGGAGAAGAAGAGCCCCAGAUGAUGUAUUGGCUUUUCAGACCAAGCGAAGGAAAUGUAUCAUUAAUAAGUUCAGGGAUGGAAGGGAGAGGGUGAAAGCUGAUCUUCAGCCACCUGAAGACAAAAAAGCAGAGGCAGUGAAAAGAUACCGCAGCAUUAGACCAAAACCAGUGGUGGUUGUGCAGGCCUUUGCCCCACUGGCCCCUGCAGCAAUCGUAGAGGCACCGUCUCCUGAGCACUUAGACCAAGAUCGCUUUUUAAACGCUUCACUUCCCAAUAAGUAUUUAAAUUACAAACACAGUGAUGCUGCAUCAGUUAAAUCAAGUGAUCUAAGAAGUGCCAGUUCAGCCAUACCUAAGCCAUCCCAUAAGUGUCACGUUUGUAACCACAUCUUCCAGUUCAAGCACCAUCUUCAGGACCACAUGAACACGCACACAAACCGACGGCCCUACAGCUGCCGUGUUUGCCGCAAGGCCUACAUUCACUCUGGGAGCCUCAGCACCCACAUGAAACUUCAUCACAACGAGGGAAAACCCAGGAAGCUCGUGUGCUGUGAAUUCUGUGCUAAAGUUUUUGGCCAUGCAAAGGUAUAUUUUGGCCACCUCAGAGAAGUGCAUAGGGUUGUUAUCAACACAGAGCCUUCUACUAGCGAGCAGCAGCUGCAAGAUGCUUUAAAGAAGAGAGACACAAAUAUAAAAGAGACAGAAGAAGUAACAGAGAGGGGAAAUAAGUGCAAUUUGGAGGACCUAUUCCAUAACCCAGGAGAAGUGAAAUUGCAGAUAAAAUGCGGUCGAUGCCAGUUCAUUGCACAGUCUUUUGGUGAAAUGAAGUUUCAUUUAUUGUGCUCUCAUGGAGGAGAGAUCCAGGGACGAGUAAAGGAAGGGAGUUUGCAAGGAAGCAGAGGAGCUAAGGGGGAGCUGAUCAAACACACAACCCACUUCUGGAAACAGCGUGGUGAGAGGAGGCAUUUAGCCAAGGGCAGUGCCCAUGAGGAAGAAUUUUAUGCUUUCCCAAAACUGAAAAGACAGAUAUACUUUCACCAUCAAAAUAAUGCCAAUAUGUUACCUAAAAGUGAACUGACUCAGUCAGAAAGCAGCGAAGCAGCCAAAGAGAUGCAAAAUGUAGCUUUGGGUACACCAAGCAAAAAGCCAGAGAUGCGGUCUAGAGCAGGCUAUAACUGCAUUCUGUGCAAACACUGGUGUGCAAGAAAAGAGGAUCUUUGUCACCACUGGCAGAGUCAUCACAACUGUGAAGACCCUUCCACUUUAUGGACAGUUUUUAGUUUGUUAUCCAAACAAGGAGUUAUUGACUUUUCUAACAAUAGCGAAUGCUGAAGCUCAGCUCUGCAAUGCUACCAAAACCAUCGAGGAAACGGUUACCAAAUUGUCACUAAUUUGUUUUACUGGUGGGUUUGGCUUUUUUCUGUUGCUAAACAAGAGGUGUGUCACUUCAGAGGUUUGUUUGGUGGGUUGGUUGGGUUGUCUUCUUUUUUUUUUUAAGUGAUGCUAACCUUUAUUUGUUAAAUAGAAAAUGUAUUUACCCAGUGUGGUUUCAGCUGGGUGCAGCAAGCUGAUCACGAAACACUGCACUUAAAAUUCAUCCUUAAGGAACUAAGCAAAUAAUACCCAUGGUUAACAUGAAGGGAAAAGAUUGCCAAGUUAAAUUAUACUAUACACACACAAUUAAAUCAGUUGAUAUGAAUGAAAUGACAAACCAGACUGGAUGUGUGAUUUCAGUUCCUGUCCCUCCAGAUUUCACAGUAAACAAAGAGUUUGAUGCCAUUCUCUGGAUCAUCUGAACGUGUAUACAGCCAGCAUUCAGGAGCUUUAUAAUCUAGAAUUUAAGGGCAGAGAAUUCUUGUUUUCAGUGUCUUCAACCAUUGCCUGCAGGUUUGUUAUUGGCAGGUUUUUCAGGUGUUACAUUCUGUCCUAGUAACAGCAAAGGAUCAAAUUUUUCAGGUGAAAAAAACCUGCAUACAUU